CGCUCCGCCUUGCCGCGGCCAUGGAGCUGUCGGGGCUCCUGCAGCCGGGCGAGCUGGCGGCCGCCUUCGCGCGCUUGCCCGUCUUCCCGCUCUUCGACCUGGGCUACUUCAUCGUGUCCGUGCUCUACCUCAAGUACGAGCCAGGAGCUGUUGAGAUGUCCCGUCGGAGCCCUUUUGCCUCCUGGCUUUCUGCUAUGCUCUACUGCUUUGGAAGUUAUAUUCUUGCUGAUCUGUUACUUGGAGAUUCACCUAUUGAUUAUUUCAGCAAUAACUCCAGCGUGCUCCUAGCCACAGCAGUCUGGUAUUUGAUAUUUUACUGCCCCAUGAACCUUUUUUACAAGUGUGUGAGCUUUCUCCCUGUGAAGCUUAUCUUUGUGGCAAUGAAGGAGGUGGUCAGAGUUCGUAAAAUUGCUGUUGGAGUCCACCAUGCUCAUCACCAUUACCACGAUGGUUGGUUCAUUAUGGUAGCUACUGGAUGGGUCAAAGGUUCUGGUGUUGCCUUGAUGUCUAACUUUGAGCAGUUGCUGCGUGGAAUCUGGAAGCCAGAAACAAAUGAAAUUCUGCAUAUGUCCUUCCCAACGAAAGCUAGUCUGUAUGGAGCAAUCUUCUUCACCCUGCAACAAACUCACUGGCUCCCCAUCUCUAAGGCCAACCUCAUCUUCUUCUUCACCAUGUUUAUGAUUGUUUGCAAAGUGUUCAUGACAGCAACUCAUUCUCAUGCUUCACCAUUUGCUCCAGUCGAAGACUUCAUCUGUCCAGUUCUCUUUGGCUCUGUUUCCGGUGGGCACGACAAUCACCAUCACGACCAUCAUGGGGGUUCCCAUGAUGCUUCACCUGCGCUCUCUCCUCAGCCUCCUGCAAAAUCUAAGGAGGAGCUGAAUGAAGGCACGAGGAAACGGAAAGCGAAAAAGGCUGAAUAAGAAAAAUCUGUUGUGCACAGUGAACAUGGCAGCAAAGAACGCCUCAGAGCUGUGACCUCACAUAUCUUUCAUUUCUUCCCCCUGAUACUCCAGAGGAGAGGGGUGGAAGCCAGGACUACCAUAGAGGUUCCUAAAUUUCAACUGUGCACUCAGUCCCACUGUUAGCUUCGUGGCCUCGUCUCUUUUUCUGAGCCCCUUAUUUAGAGAGGGUUUAUGUUUGUGCCAGGGUGACAUUUGGGCAUAAGUUCCAAUCCCGUCAGCAACCAUGAUGCAGCAUGUUCAGUUACUCUAACACCUCUGCCUCCCACUUGCUCACACACUCAUCGUUCUUUCAAGAGCUAACUUGUAUUCUUACGCCUUACAAAUUCCUUCAAGUUUUAACUAACCUGGGCAGCCUACAGGCAGCAAUCAUGUGGAAAUUAGAUUUUUUUUUUUUUUUUUUUUUAGCACUGACCACUUGUCUCUGAAGCUGAGCUCGGGCUUCUCAACUGCUGUAGGUAGGAUGGCAACAAGGUAGUACAAUGCAAGGUCUCAGACUGAUAUGGCUUGUCCCGUGUGCAUUAAAGGACAUCAGCCUUGGUGUCCUGGCCAAAUUCCACUUUGGGUAUUUCAUCCUGCUCGUCCAAAUUUCCCUUACCAUUCUUAAUGUAUAUAACCUCUCUCUUUAGUUUCCUUAUCUUGAUCUGUAUUUGUAACAGCUUCAAUGAUGUCAAGUAUUAAGUGCUACAUACUGCUACAUAGCGCUGCUGUGUACUGCUAACAACUGGUGUCCCACUCCGGCACUGACUGCAUGUCAUUUGGAAGUGAAGUGAAUCCCCUAUAGCUUGAAGUUUGUUUCUAAUCCUGUGGGAUAUAAGACUAUGUAAAUGUUAAGUUAUUUAUUGUUAUUUAUUAUAGCCAGGGCACCAAACUCUUGGGCCCUAAAGCUGGUUUUUAAAAGGAGCUGUGAAUUUGUAUUUACACAACUGGGCGGAUUUGAGAAGAGCCCAGUUCCACACUCGUCCUUGCUGGUGAUAAAAUGUUCAUAGUAUACUAGGAACUGGCCUAAAUUCUCUCUCUGCUGGAAGGAAGAUUUACUUUUCUCUUAAGUUAACAUUUUUAAAAAACCAAGGAGAUGGAUUUUAGAUUAACCUGACUGGAGCAUGCCAGCUGAGGAAAUCUGAAAAUUCUUUGCAAAUCCUCAAAAGACAACCUCGUGGCCACUGUACUGGCCUAUGACAAGGGCCUUAAUCAAGUAGACAAGUGAAACAGAAGGUAAAACAAAAAAUGCCCUUGCUUGGCUAAUUGAGGAUUCAGCCAGUUUUGCCAUGUCCUGCUCAGUGAACAGUUAGGGGUUUAAACUGGUUUCAGACUAUACUUAUGCAUAGAGUAUCUUGUUUCUUAUUUUUAACUGUGGCUUUGGACACUGUCAUGCAAAGAUCCACUCAUGUAUCUCAACCUCCUGACCAGCUAGGCUGGGGUGGCUGCUGUAGGUAGGGCUGGUGUGUUCUGCCCCAAGCGGCGCCUAGGGAACAGUGUUGGGCUGUCAGUGAGCUGCAUCUUGUCACCCUCACCUGGAGGGUUUAUUGCUGCAACUCUGACCUUGAGGAUAGUGGAAGAGGUAUUUGGAGGCAAGGCAUAAAUCAGAGAGUUUCAGAAAUCCAACUCUUCUCGUGCUCCCAAACUGAAUCAAUAUGAUUACUGAAAUAAGUGCAAAUUGGUUGCCCAGCAUGAUUUUGUGAAAGGGACUGGUAGAUGUAACCCUAAACUGAUGCCUAUGUACAACAGGACUAAAGCCAAUAUAGAAGUCAAAUUAAUUGUGCUUCUGGGUUUUGAAAGUGCCUUAACUUUGUGACCUUCCCUCACUUCCUUUGGAAAGUGGAAUAAGCCUGACAGCUUUCUAUUUUAAUAGGUCUUGUUUUACUGAAACCUGCUGUUCCUCCAACCAGCACCAGGAUAUGUUUAAUAUUCUGUGGAAUGUCUGAUUCAAGGAAAUGUGGUGUUUUAUAACAGGCAUCAGCAAAAUAAAGAAUUGUGAAGUGACUCAAGGCGACACUCA